AUGGCGGUCGCUGUCUUGGCAGCAGUAGAGCACGACAGCUGUGUCGUGGACGAGGCAAGUGUCAGACAUGCCGCCGUCAGUGACACCGUGUAUCAGCUGCUCAUGGCCAGGGUCCUGGCCGGGGACUGGGCCAACAGUAAGUCCCAGGAAGUUGCAUGCCUUUGGCCCUUCUACGGUAUCAGGGAGAGGCUGGCCGUCGUCCAAGACUUAGUGACAUACACAUUUGAAAAGGGCAACGUCCGCCUAGUUAUACCGGAGCCCCUUCGUCAGCAGGUGGCUGCCAACCUACAUGGGGGGUACCAAGGCCUGGACCCCAUGCAACGACGAGCGCGCCAGACGGUAUACUGGCCUGGACUCGAGGGGGACCUGCAGUAUCGCCGCUCCUUGUGCGAAGAAUGCGACGUUCACGCACCAUCCCAGGCCGUGGAGGAACUCAUCAUCACGCCGCCCCCCGAGUACCCCUCCCAGAUGACGGUAGCAGAUAUGUUCCAGCACGACGGACACAUGUACAUGGCCUACGCAGAUAGGCUCACAGGUUGGCUGGAGCUGGCCCACUUCCCCCAAGGUACCUCCUCCUCUCACAUCAAGAUCCAGCUACGUCGGUACUUCGCCAGGUGGGGAGCCCCGGAGCAAAUCUCCACGGACGGGGGCACUAAUCUGGCAAGCGAGGAAAUGGGGGAAUUUUUCAAGUUGUGGGGCGUGUCCGUGCGACUAUCAUCUGCCCAGUACCUGCAGUCCAACGGCAGGGCAGAGGCCGCGGUCAAGGUUGGGAAGCGGAUAAUAAUGGCCAACACGGGCAGCGGCGGCAACCUCGACACGGACAAGUCCUCGUUGGCUAUGCUGCAGUACCUCAACACACCCCUCCGCGAUGGCAGCUCCGAGAUGGCGUACCUACGGCCCACUGGCACCUCACGGUAG